ACACACCAUUUGCUCAUUUCUCUCUGCCCCCGUUUUCUCUAGGCGCUCCGAUCACCGGAUAAAUGGUUCCGGUGACGGAGCCUUUCACUAAAAACCCCAAUAAAUCGAAUUGAUUCUCUACCCAUACAAACCUGAAUGGAUUUGUCUCAGAAGGGCUACCUAAUCCUGCGGUGGUCUCUCGCUCUCCUUUUCCCUAUCGUCGCUUUCUCUUCGCUCUCACUUUUGCUCAUCUCAGUCACAGUCUUCGUCUCCAAUUCCUCGGUUCCCGGCCCCAUUUCGGUUUCCUCUCAGUGCCGGAUCGUCUCCAGCAGUGUUGAUCUUAAGUCAGCCAAGGUUUGCGAGCUGGGGUUGUUGAAUUACAAGGCCAAGAAUGUGUUUUAUCCUUUAGAAGGGAGAAGGUUUCGAUGUCGUUACGAUUACUAUUGGGCUUCUGUUUUUAAGGUGGAGUACCAAGAUCUGUCUUCUGGUCAAACUCGUGUUGCACUAGCUGAGGCUCCAAGUGAGGCUCUUCCUCUUAAUUGCAGACCUAAUUUUGGUGCUGCAUGGUUGACUAAAGACAAAUUCAAGGUCAAUAAGACAUAUGACUGCUGGUACACGUAUGGUGUUUCUCAAGUAAGCUUAUAUGAGGAUGGUUUCUUCAGUUGCCAAGCUAAAGAUCCGUCUACAUUUGAAAUGAUAAGAAGAUAUUUCAUCCUGUUGACAAAGAUCUUACAGUCCUGGUUUCUAAGCCAGGAACCAGCCAUGUUUUGGAGGUGGGAAACCAUGGUUGGAGUUGUUACUGGUUUUUCAACUGCAAUGAUCUCGAUUACCUUCAUUAGACUCAUGCAGCUCUUGAAAUCCCAAUUGCCUCAAAUCUCUGCUAGAAGAAUGCUUACACAGUCGGUCUCUGCGGUCCUCUUCAGGCGCACUUGUUUUCUCGUGGCAUACAUCUCUUUUAUGGGUUGGUUGACUAUUGAGUAUGGGAAAAGGCUUGGCCUGCCCGAGAUUCUCACCCUUCUUAAGGAGUGAGGCAGGUAGCACUCUAUCCAACAAGUGCUAAUCCCUUUUUGCCCCCCUUGGUCCUCAAAUCUGCAAAUUCAGAGCUGCUGCAAGCCUGCAAGUAUAUGUAUCAUUCAUUCCCUGUACUGAUAUACAAUUGAGUAGAAUAUGUUUGAGCUCGAACAUAAAUUGUAUAGGCAACUUACCCGGAAUAGAACAACAGUUACAGUAAUCUCAUGUCAUGUUUAGAAUAAACAGAAAGAUGGCCGAUUAACCACAUCAUCCCCCAGGUUUAUCUUUUCCCUUUCAUUUGGGUCGGGGAUCGAUGGGGUCUAAUCUAGUAGCAGCAGUGAUGUUGAUAGUAUUGUAUUGAAACUAUAGCUAAUGAUAUGAGGACUUCAGCUGAUAGUAUAGUAUUGAAACUAUAGCUAAUGAUGAGG